GGAAAAUAUAUUUCGAUCGUUAAAGACGCGUAUAAGACGCUUUUUGUGUAUUUAAUUCUACAUUUUUAACAUUUUUUAAUUCAAAACAAAAAAUGGCUCCCCGCAACAAGGAACAGGAACUGGAGGUGCUUACCUGGAUAUUCGAUGUACUGGGCGAGAAAGUUCCCAGCGGCCAGUAUGAGGAUAUCUUGAAGGACGGCAUUUGGUUGUGCAAGUUGAUCAACAAAUUGGCACCCGGUUCGGUGAAGAAAAUCCAGGAGCGUGGCACCAAUUUCCAACUGAUGGAGAACAUUCAGCGCUUCCAAGCCGCUGUCAAGAAGUACGGUGUGCCCGAGGAGGAAAUUUUCCAAACUGCCGAUUUAUUUGAGCGUCGCAAUAUUCCACAAGUGACGCUGUCGCUCUACGCUCUGGGCCGCAUCACACAAAAACAUCCCGAAUUCAAAGGCCCUACCUUGGGACCGAAAAUGUCCGAUAAGAACGAGCGCAGCUUCACCGAAGAACAACUGCGUGCUCAUGAGGGUCAACUGAACUUGCAGAUGGGCUUCAACAAGGGUGCCUCACAGUCGGGUCACGGUGGUUUUGGCAACACGCGUCAUAUGUAAGGUGACAAAUCUGCUUCACCCGCUCACACAAACACGUACACAAACGCACACUUAAACACUUACACAGCUCAACACAGGAAAGAAAUGAGUUAAAAACAAACACACGUUUUGAUUUAAUGUGCUUUCUUUUUCUGUACGUUUUAAGCGCUGCAAAGCAUUGCUGGCAGCGCCAGCCACUCUAAAUGUAAUUUAUACGAUAUGAAGUAAAUAAAUAAAUUAAUUUUAAUAUAA